AUGAACGAAGACCCGACGGUUAAUUUAUCGUGGCUGCCUCAGGAUCCCUUAGAAACCAGCCCACCACCAGAGAACAUCUCAGCUGCAGUCACCUCUCUUAUUCCUUCCAGUGACCCCGAACCGGGAUUUAUAGUAAACCCUUGGGAUAUUGUCUUAUGUACUUCAGGAACACUGAUCUCCUGUGAAAAUGCGGUUGUGGUCCUUAUCAUCUUCCAUAAUCCCAGUCUUCGUGCCCCAAUGUUCCUCCUGAUAGGCAGCUUGGCCUUGGCAGAUCUUUUAGCAGGAAUUGGAUUGAUCGUCAAUUUUCUUUUUGCUUAUCUUCUCCAGUCGGACUCUACCAAGCUGGUCACAGUUGGUUUGAUCGUUGCCUCUUUUUCUGCUUCUAUCUGCAGUCUACUGGCUAUCACUGUGGACCGGUACCUCUCCCUUUAUUAUGCUUUGACUUACAAUUCUGAGAGGACGGUGACUUUUACCUACAUUAUGCUUAUUCUCCUCUGGGGUGCUUCAAUCUGUGUGGGAGUGCUGCCAGUCAUGGGAUGGAACUGCCUCAAAGACGAGUCCACCUGCAGCGUUAUCAGGCCCCUCACUAAAAAUAAUGCGGCCAUCCUCUCGGUCUCAUUCUUGCUUAUGUUCGCUCUCAUGUUACAGCUGUACAUUCAGAUCUGCAAAAUUGUGAUGCGCCAUGCUCACCAGAUUGCCUUGCAGCAUCACUUCCUAGCAACUUCCCACUAUGUGACCACCCGAAAAGGAGUAUCGACUUUAGCCAUUAUCCUGGGAACCUUUGCUGCUUGCUGGAUGCCUUUCACACUCUAUUCCUUAAUAGCUGACUAUACAUAUCCCUCUAUCUACACCUACGCCACCUUGCUUCCAGCCACAUACAAUUCCAUCAUCAACCCCGUUAUAUACGCUUUCCGAAAUCAAGAAAUACAGAAGGCACUUUGGCUCAUCUGCUGUGGCUGCAUACCUUCAAACAUUUCUGCGAGGGCCAGAUCACCCAGUGAUGUUUGA